AUGGCGGAUCCGCGUGGUCGAUUGGGGUGGCUUGGAUGGCGCUAUUUCCUACAACGGCCGCGACAAUCUCACGCGGCAGCCUCCGCCGACGCCCCACACGUCACCGUCAUCCGACCCGUCAAAGGCCUCGAACCGCACCUGUAUGAGUGUCUGGCGUCGACCUUCCGGCAGGAUUACCCGUCCGACCGAUUGACCGUCUGCUUCUGCAUCUCGUCCCGACAGGAUCCGGGCUAUCCGACGCUGGAGCGGCUCGUCGAGGAUUUCUCGCACGCCGGCGCACGACUCUACGUCGAGGAGGAUGACCCGCUGCUGCAACCGGGCAAUGAGCACGUGUACCAGCUGGGCCCGAACCCCAAGAUCCGUAAUAUGAGUCGGGCCUAUCGGGAAGGAGAGGGAGACAUCGUCUGGAUUAUCGAUUGCAACGUCUGGAUCGGCCCGGGUGUCUGUGGGCGCAUGGUGGACCGACUGUGUGGGUUUGGAACGCCGUCAGAAAAGAAGAAAAAGUACAAAUUCGUCCAUCACUUGCCGUUGGUCGUGGACGUGACCGAUGAGCCUGGUGUGGCUGGGGAGCAGGAGGCUCUUUUGGACGCGUGUCGAGCACGCGGGGACACCUCGGCUGUUGCCGAAAACGCUAGCGUCCUGGAGAUGGGAGGAGGUCGACUGGAAGAGUUGUUCAUGUCGUCCGCGCACGCUAAAAUGUAUACGGCGAUCAACACGGUGCUCAUCGCGCCGUGCAUUGUCGGGAAAUCGAACAUGUUCCGCCGCUCGCACCUCGACUACCUGACGGCACCAGCGUCAGGGGACGGCAGCGAUGGGCCGCCUCGCAACGCGGGAAUCGACUACUUCUCGGACAACAUCUGCGAGGACCACCUGAUCGGCGAUCUACUGUGGAAGAAGCAGGUGCGGGAGGAGAAGAAAGAGCACGGCGGAGAAAGGCUGGGCAAGCACGCGAUGGUCUUUGGGGACCUCGCGUUCCAGCCGGUCGCCAACAUGAGCGUGCCGGCGUACGUGGCCAGACGUGUUCGCUGGCUGCGGGUGCGCAAAUUCACCGUGCUGCUCGCGACGCUGGUCGAGCCCGGGACGGAGUCCUUCCUGUGUUCAUGCUACGGGGCGUGGGGCAUCACGACAGCACUAGCCCCGUGGCUGCAGGAGAAGGGAUACGCGUGGGCGGCGUCCCUUUCCACAUGGACGGCGUUCUUCGCGUUCUUCUGGACCAACAUGCUCGUGUGGAUCCUAGUCGACUGGACACUGUACAUCAAGUUGCACUCGGCGAAGACAGUAGAGCUGAGCGAGGACACGCCGCCCUUCGCGCGGCCGCCGCCGUCCAGACGGACGCGACGGUCGUUCGGGACGUGGUUUGCGGCGUGGCUGGGGCGAGAGUUGCUGGCGCUCCCGGUCUGGAUGUGGGCUGUAUACGGCGGCGUUACGGUGAGGUGGCGGGAUCGGCAAUUCCGGGUCGGCCUGGACGCGAAGGUCCGCGAGAUGGAACCGGGGAUGGAUGUACUCCCUUUCGUAUCCCCUUCGUAUCAGCUAGAACAGACUUAA